GGCUUUUUGUUACGGAAGCCGGGAGGAGACUAGAAGGUCGGGGGUGCUAUACGCAGCGGUCGUGUUUCUUCGGCCGACGCUAUGGCGGCUGGCAUCACACUGGAGAGCAACCUGGAGACCAAAGCACACCUGAGAUGUUGGGGAAGGCAUUAAUGAAACCGUAAUUCCUCGUUGAUAAUUUGAGGUAGCGUUUGCGUAUUUCCGGGUUCGCUUGUAAACGCGCGCGUGCGCUCAUUAGUUCUUUUUUUUUUAGGGGCGGGGGGCAGGUCCAGGCAUAUUUACCCCCCUCAGCGUUCUCAAUGGAGCAAGUUUGUUUUUUGUGUCAAACGCUCGUGAAAAGCAAGACCGUUUUUGUCCUGUCACCCUCCACGUUACGGCUGGUGGGGUAGCUGUCGGCGCGUGGCCCUGCGUUGUUUGGAGGUGGGAGGGAGGGAGGGAGGAAUUUCCACAAUGAAGCCCGUGCCGGAGCACCGGGUCUUUGUGCUUUGAGUCGGACAGACCGUGUUAUUAUUGUCAACAACCGACCCCAAAAUGGUGACUGUUGAGAUGUUGAGCUCCUUUUCGACUUGAGUUAAACGAUGCGCGAAUACAAAGUGGUGGUCUUGGGCAGCGGCGGGGUCGGAAAGUCCGCCCUCACGGUCCAAUUCGUCACCGGGACGUUCAUUGAGAAGUACGACCCAACGAUAGAGGACUUCUACCGCAAGGAGAUCGAAGUGGACUCCUCGCCAUCGGUCCUAGAGAUCCUGGACACCGCCGGGACCGAACAGUUCGCCUCCAUGCGAGACCUGUACAUCAAGAACGGACAGGGCUUCAUCCUGGUCUAUAGCCUGGUCAACCAGCAGAGCUUCCAGGACAUCAAGCCCAUGAGAGACCAAAUCAUAAGAGUCAAAAGGUACGAAAAGGUCCCCGUGAUCCUGGUGGGCAACAAGGUGGACCUGGAGAGCGAACGGGAGGUGUCGUCCAGCGAGGGCCAGGCGCUAGCUGAGGAGUGGGGCUGCCCCUUCAUGGAGACGUCGGCCAAAAGCAAAACCAUGGUGGACGAACUGUUCGCCGAGAUUGUGCGGCAGAUGGACUACGCCGCCCAGCCCGACAAGGACGACCCCUGCUGCUCGUCCUGUAAUAUACAAUAGCCAUCCAGGGGUGGGUUGGGGGGUGGGGGCGGGGCAGCAAGAUUGGAGGCUAUGGCGGCCCCACACAGACACACACUUGGCACGCUCACACACACGCAUAAGUGCACACGGCAGUUAAAAGAUUGAACACGAUGGAUCUUUAAUAUCAGCGGUGACAUUAUUCAUGACGUGGCAGGAUAUUGAGUAUUUAAAAAAAACAAACUGAAAAAAAAAACUUACCCUCGCCUUAUGUUGCUCUCCACCUUUUAGUCUUCAUCAGCAAAGAAAUACACCGCGGGACCUUCAUUUUUUUUAAAGAUAACGUUCUUAAGAUUAACUUUCGUGAUGCAUUUACUGUGACAGCAAAACGACACUAACUGAUUUCUGGGAUCGCUUUGCUUCAAAUUGGAACAAAGGUUUGGAUUUGUGUACAUUUUGUGCAGUGCUUUCUGGGAGGGUUUUUUGUACUCAUUGCUGGGCUGAACCAAAGAGGUGACCUGAAAGCAUUUUAUCAAUUUUUUUUUUCCCAAAAUUGUAAAUGGAGGGAAAAAUCGGCACAGACAUAAUUUUUUAUUGUUGCUGUUGUUUUCCGCUUUAACAGUAAAGAUAAAGAGCAUCAUCUUCCACUUUUUUUUUAAUAUAUUUUCAUAAUCUAAAAAUUAAGUCUGAAUGAACAUUGGAUUGUCAGUAUUUGAGUAUCCUAACUUGGCGUAAUUGAUUAGUUGAUCAUUCAGAAUUAUUUGUAAAGCAGUCGAGGCAAAAUGGAGUGCACUAGUUUGCUGCCAUGAAAAGAGCAAGAUGACCUACCAUGCAGAUCUCUUUUGGCUACGUUCUGAACAUCCAUCACUUUUUUUUUUUUUUUAACUCAGUUGUGGAAAGAAACGGAGGUUCAGAAGGUUUAUUGGUGUUAGUUUUCAUUAAUUCAUUGCGAAAGCAGGAGUUUAGAACAUUCUGCGCCAGUUUCAGGUUAUUGGCCAUGGGAAAUAAAAGUUCGGAACAAUCGAUGCUUCUUUUUUUCCAUUUAUUGGUUGUGAAAACAAGAGUUCAGAACAUCGAGUGAUUAUUUCUGUCAAUUUAUUGAUGAUAGCGGAAGGAGCUUUGAACAUUCAGUGUUAUUUUGCCUCAUCGAAUGAGUGACGGAAAUGGGAGUUCAGAACAUUCAGCGCUGUUUUUUUUUUUUUGUUUGUUUGUUUUUUUGUUGUUUUUUUAAUCAUUUGGCUGUGAAAACAGCAGUUAAGAACAGUCAGGUAUAUAAAGAUGAAUUAAUCGUGGAAGAAAAAGCUCGUGUCAUUUUGUCUCACUGAAUUGGGGUCCAGAACCUUCUGGGCUAUUUUUUUAAUGAGUUGAUCUUGGAAAAACAGGAGUUCAGAACAGUCAGUACCAAUUUUUUUCUGAUUAAUUGUUGUGGAAAUUAGUUCAUAACUUUAUGUGAUUUUCUUUUUUUUUCACCAAUGAAUCGCUCACGGAAACAGGAGUUCAGAACAUUUGACCCAACUUUUUGAGGGGACAACUUCAACACAGCAAAGUCAACACAGCAACACUUGCAAUCAUGCCUUAGUUUUUCUUUCCUCGUCCACUGGUGACGUGCUCAGAGUAUCCAUCGUAAAGAGGAUGAUGCUCAGACUCAUUUAAAUGGUGAUGUACAUAUUUUGUAUGGGAAGUGCCAACAGAACACGUGUCAUUACAAAGUGAAAGCAUGGAAACAUGGAAAAAUUGCCGUUGUUUUUGAGAAGAAUAUAAGGACAAACAAAUGCAGUUAUGAAACCUGGACGCUGUCUCAGCUGUGCAUUUUUUUUCCAAUUUUAAUCUAAACCAGGAAGCAGAUUUUUUUGUUGAUUUUGGAUUCCCUCCUUGUGUAACCAUGUUGAUUUUACAAUUUAGUUUUUUUUACGUGAUUCUUGAACCCUCCUGAUUAUGUUGACAUUUGUCACCUGCGUAAUAAAAGUGUUCAUCAAUUGAA